AUGCCUGGCCUCUCCGACACCCCUAGUCUUUGGAGUAUUCGGAGCAUCUGGGACUACACACCAGAGGAAAAGGAGUCCAAUAGGAUCUACAAGGACCUCGAGGACAAGAAGAGGGCACGUGCACAGGCAAAACGGGAGGCCAACGAGGUCGGCCAGUGGGGCCAGGGUCGCGCCGGUGGGGACGGGCUCGGGAGCCGCACCGUCCUCGCGGAGAUCGCCGACACCGCCGGCGGCGCCAGCUCCGCCAGCCAGCGGAAGAGCGUCGGCGAGCUCCAGGAGCGCAUCGCGGAGGUCUCCCGCGCUCAUCGCCUGGACGACAACGCCAGGACGGGCCUCAUCAGCGUCUUCGCCGAGCGCGCCCGGCUCGGCUGCGACCUGGACCAGGUCAAAACUCCCACCAGGGCCAGGGUCGAGUACCUGGAGCGAAUAAUCAAGGGGUUGUGGCCAAAGGUUUCAAGCAAGGGCAUGGACGCCCCCGGGACCACCGUGCCGCGCCCUUCGCCCGUGCGAUACUGCGGGUGGUGCGCGGGACCCCUCGGGCGAGGGGAGUCGCUGGCCCUGGCCGAGGGCGGGUCCCUCCUGGAGGUCUGCGAGCUGUGCUACAUCAUCGGUCUGAUUCGGCAGGCGGCGUGGCGCGCCCGCCUCAGCGUGGAGGAGAGGGCGCCGCUGCUCGACUCCGCCCGGCUCCUGGGCGCGCUGCUCUCCGCGCUCGCCGGCCUGGGGCUCGAUGGCGCCGAAGGCGGAGGUGCCGCCGCCUUCCCGCCUGUUGCCCCGGGCCUGGCGGCGGCCGCGGCGGUCGGCGGCGCCGCGGCGGCCGCGCCCGCGGGCGGCGGUGCCAGCGCGCCCGUGGUGCUUGGCCUGGCGGCGCUGCCCGGCCUGCCAGGCUUCGGAGGCGGCGGGGCUGCUGGGGCGCCCCCGGCGGGCGGCGCCGCGCCUGACGGCGGAGGUGUUCCCCCCGGCGGCGUGGGCGCCGCGCUGGUGGGCGCGCUCGCGGGCGGCGGCGGCGGCCCUCCUGGAGGCCCUCCUCCUGGUGCGGUGCCGGGGGCCCCGGCGAUCCCUGGUGUGCCGAUCGCGGUGGCUGGCGGUCCCAUCGCCCCAGCGGGCGGCGCGCAGCUGGGACCGCUCGUGGACGGUCCGUGGCGUCAGGCCGUGACUCUGAUUGGCGCCGACUGGCGCCGAGGGGUGGAUCUCGAGCUCCCGACCUUCGACGCAGCUGGAGGCAUCAGCGGGACGGCCCUCUUCGAGGUAGAGGAGAUCGGCACCACGGGCCCCUCAGGGCAGUACCUGAGCGCCCAGUUCAGGGGGGCGUCGCUGGCGGCCGAGGCGAUGCGGCUGGACGGCCUGUUCCCACCGCGCGGCACCGGGCCUGCGGGCCUCCUGCACUUGCGCGGGCAGGGACUGGCGCUGUGCGGGGAGCCCGCUGUGCCAGGCCGAGGAGUCCUGCAUGUCGAGUGGCUGCGGCUGCGCUCGAACCGCGGGUUCGUGGAGCCGUGGGUGCGGCCGAGCGCCUUCGGUGGGCGCGGCGGUGGCGGUGCCUUGGCGGGGGGCGCCCCAGCCGGGGGCGCGGCCCCCGACCGCCUGGCGGCAGCUGCCGCGGCGCGCGCGCAGGCCGCUACGGCGACGCCUGGCCGCGCUGGUGGCGGUCGCGGCCGCCCCCGGAGCUCCUCGGCCUCGCGCAGCGACGACGACGGUGAGUCGCGUUUUCGCGAGGCCCCCUCCCGCGGCGGCAGCGUGCGGCUGCUGGCGGAGAAGCGCCCAGGUGCCCUGUACGACGAGGCGAUGAAGAACACCGGGCGCGUCAUGGGCCUGCGGGAGGUGGCGGACUGCUCAGAGGUUCGAGCGAAGGUCGUGGGCUACCUGCAGGCCGUGGUGUUCGGCCAUCACCCACCAGGGCAGAUGCGGAUCAACACUCAGCGGGAGCUGCAGACGCUGGCGACCGCGCUGGACCUGCUGGAGUGUGGGUGCCUGGCGGAGUUGAGCGACGUGUUGAUGCAGCGCUUCAAGGCUCUGGAGCUGUCGCUGUCCGACGCGAGCUGGCAGGUGGCGAGCGAGCUGGAGAUCGUGCCGGACGCGCGGCCUUCGCUGGCCUCGAUGGGCGAGCAGGACCUGGCGCGGCGGGCGGCACUGCUGCGCAGGAGGCUGAUGGACGCGAAGAGCCGCGGCGCCCUCGGCGGCCAGGGUCAGGGCGAGACGCCUCGAGGCGACAGCCCGCACCCGAGGGCGGCGGACGGGCCGAGGCGUGUCUCGCUGGCGACGAGCCCGGAGCGCCACGUCUUCAGGCAGGACCAGCCCGCGGCUGCGGCGGCAGCGGGCCUGCAGCAAGGUCCGCCGCGCGGCCCGGCCCCCCCUGCGGCCGCCGCCGUGGCGGCAGGAAGCACCGGGGCCGAGGCCGAGCCGGCCUGUGGUACGGAUGCCGACUGUGACGGUGAUCCGCUGGCAGAGUGGCGCGAGUGGGCUGGCGCGGCGAGUGAUCUUCUGCGAGAACCUUUCGACGUGGGCCCCGUGUUGUUGAACAUAGUCCGCCAGUUCCCAGGCUCCUUCGGUCGCUUCACUAGAUAUUCCCUCGAGGUAAAGCCACGCGAGCAUCCGGCCGGCAUGGGAGGUCGGCUUCAGCGAGAUCUGUUGCCGUUACCAUACCCUUCGAUCACCGGGUCCCAGAUCGUCCAGCAGGGCGAGGACCCUUUGAGCGACAAGGGGUGGGAAGGCGCCAACGCCGCGCAGCAGGCAGCCCUGGUCGCUCUCGGCCGCCGCCUCCUCUUGGCUACGCGGGCCGAGCCUGCUUUGCCGCCAGAUCUUGACUGGAACGUGCGGCUGAAGGACCGCAAACUCGGCUACGGCGGGGGCGAGAUCUCGGCCCCGCAUCGGCUGACGCUGGAGCAGGUGCUGGACGGGCUGCCUCCGCCGGGCGUCGCGGCCUCCAUCGAGGCGGCCGACCUCGCGACGGGGUUCGUGCGUGAGGCCCUCCUGGGCCCGACGCUGGUGCUGCUGCCCGCUGCCCUGCGGCGGCCCGCGCCGACAUCUGCGCGCGUGUGGGCCUCGCUCGAGGAGUGGCAUCGGAUUGUGCGGGCGCUCCACGAGCGCGGGAUGGCGUCGGCGAUCCCGAGCAGCGAGAUCGCCUGUCGCGACGGAGCCCCGCUCCUGAACGGGGCGCUCGGGGUGCCCAAGCCCCACGACGAGCCCGUGGUCUGCAGCGACGGCGAGCGCAGGCCGGUCCUGAGGCUGAUCACCAACCUCAUCCCCUCGAACGCGUGCCAGGAGUGCAUCGUGGGAGACACCCCUGAGAUGCCGACCAUGAGCCAGCUGAACGGCCUGGUGCUGACCGAGUCGGAGGAUCUCCUGUGGAGCGGCGCGGACAGAACGGCCUUCUUCUACGUCUUCCGCGCGCCGCCUGCGCGGUGGCCUUACAUGGUGAUAGGGCCGCCCGUCCCCUCGGAGUUGCUUGGCCUGAAGGACGGUGGGGCCACGCGCAUCUGCGUGCGGGUGAUCGGCAUAGGCUGGAUCAGCGCCGCGGGCGUGACGACCCACCUCCACCGGAACAUGCUGCGGCGGAGCGCCUCUGUCCCUCGCGGCCUGCCGCCCAGCCAGGAGAUUACUCGGCGCCGACGGCUGCCGUUCAGCGUGGAGAAGCCGUGCCCUCCGGCGUGGAUGGUCUACAUUGACAACCUGGGGGUCGCGGAGGUCGUGGGCAAGUCCGAGGCCACGACGCUGCGAGGGACGGUGCCCGAGCUCAUCUCCGAGGCUCGCGCCUGCUAUGCGGCUGCGGGCUCCCCGGGGUCGCCGGCCAAGGACAUCCAUCGAGUGCCGCGAGCGACGACCUUGGGGGAGCUCAUCGACGGGGUCGAGGGCGUUCGGCGCCCCCCUGCGGGUUAUCUCACCGAGAUGGCCAGCCUCACGCUGUGGACGCUGAGCAAGAAGCGGGCCAGCAUGCGGCUGGUGCGCAUUCUGCUGGGCCGCUGGGUUCGUGUUCACUGCUUUCGGCGGCCACUGGCGGCCAGCUUUGCCUACGCCUGGAAGUGGCUCGGGAAACCGCGCACUGGCGGCCGCUUCAGCGUGAGCGUGGUCGAGGACCUCUUGAUGUGCCUUGCGCUGUCAGGGCUUUGCGUCGCUGACCUGCGCCUCGAAGUCGACCCCCUGGUGACCGCGUCGGAUGCCUCGGAGGCCGCUGGCGCCGUGGUCUACGGCUACGCCCUCUCCGACCGCGGGCGCGCGCUGGCCGAGAGGCGGCAGCGGCCCGCGAACGCCGCCUGCGAGGAGGAGACCGCCCUCGUGACUGUCUUCGACGGCAUCGGCGGCGGGCGCCGGGCUUUCGAUAUCCUCGGACUGGUCCCUGCCGUGCACCUGUCAUUCGAGGUUGACCCCACGGCGGUGCGGGUGGCCCGGCGCAGCUACCCCAGCACGCAGCACUUGGGGGACGUGACGGAGGCGGACCCGGCGGCCCUGGCAGCCCUGCUGCGCGCCCGAGGCCGGGUGUCGCGUGUGCUGGUGGUGGGCGGCUUCCCGUGCCAGGUCUUCGCGGGCCUCAAUGUUGCUCGGCAGGGUCUCGACGACCCGCGCGCGGGCCUGGUUGACCACAUGGUGCGGAUCGUGGACGGGCUGCGGACGGCCAUGCCGGAGGCGUCGAUCGACUUCCUCGGGGAGAACGUCGCGUCGAUGCCCGAGUGCCGCGUGCUGCGCCUGAACCAGCUCUUCGGCCGCAUCCCGCUGGAGAUUGAAGCGGGGGAUGUCGGCUGGGUCAGACGUCCGCGGCUCUACUGGGCUUCGUGGGACCUCCUGCCGUCCUUCGAGGCUGAGCCCGUCGUGGUGCGGGCCAAGACCCAGGACGUUCGGCGCGCCUGCAAGGUGGCGCUGAAGGCGGAGCGGCCGCCGCUCGAGGAGUGGCUCCCGCCCGGGGCUGUGUGUCCGGGCCCCGCUGCAGGGGAGCCCCUCCCGACCUUCGUGCGCUGGGCGCCGCGCUCGCAGCCGCACCCCAGGCCUGCGGGCAUCGGGGAGUGCAGCGCUGCUGAGCUGGUGCGCUGGGAGGCGGCGGGCUUCGCUUCGCCGCCCUACCAGUUCCGUGACAAGUGGUGCAUCCACCAGGCGGAUGGCCGCGUGGAGCCGCCUGACGCGACCAUUCGAGAGAAGCUGAUGGGCUUCCCGGAGGGCCACACCGUGCCGUGCAUGACGAGCAGCCAGGCCGAGCCCGCCAAGUACGAGGCUCUUCGGCGGUCGCUCGUGGGCAACUCCUUCCAGUGCGAGGUCGUGGCCUGGAUCAUCAGCCACUGGGCCGUCGGAGCUGGGCUGCUGGUCUCGGUGCCCUCGCUGGGUGAGCUGCAUGAGAGUGCGCGAGCCUGGGCUGAUGGCAGGAAGCUGUGGGCCGGCGACGUGACGUCGCUGCGGUGCGGUCGCUCCGAGAUCGACGAGGGCCUGCGCGCCAAGCUGGACCAGGCUGGCGGGCCCAUCUACGUGGGUCGCGGGUCUCGCCGCUGGGGGCUGGCUGCCUCGCGGUGGGGCAACCCUUGCACGAUCAGCCCCGAGCGGUCACGCGAGGGCGCUGUUGCCCUGUUCGCUGGUUGGAUCCGCACGCAGCCCACCUUCCUGCAGAGCUUGGAGACGCUGCGCGGGGCCCUACUGGUCUGUCACUGUGGGCCUGACCAGGCGUGCCAUGCCGACAUCCUCUUGGCGGAGUUGGCGAAGCGCGACGCGGUGGAGUGGCGCGAGGUGGACGCGCCCAGACGCAUCGUCAUGGGGCUCGUCAUGGCGUGCCACAACAACGGAGCAGACAUCAGGACCGAUGGCGCCCCGGAGGCGCUCGGCAAGAUCUUCCCGCGGCAGGAGAUCGACUCAGGCAUUUGGCGGUGGCGCAAGGCAAGGCAGCUAGUGUGGGAUGCAGCAGAGCACAUCAACGUUCUUGAGUGCCAGGGCGCGCUGAUGAUGAUUCGAUGGCGGGCGCGGUCGGUGCGCCGCCAUCAGUGCGUCUUCCUGCACCUGCUCGACAGCAUGGUCAACAUCGGCGCGCUGUCCAAGCACCGUUCCAGCAGUCCUCAGCUCAACAAGGUGGUGCGGACCUUCUCGGCGUGGGAGCUUGCGAUGGGCGCGCGGGCGGUCUUCGGCUUCACGUCGUCGGCUCGCAACCCCGCGGACGCCCCCUCGCGUCUCCGCGAUGGAGUUGGACUGGGGAAGCUGAGAGACGCCAGGAUAAAGGCCUCGACACUGGCCCGCUACCGUGGCGCCGCUCAGCGUUUUGUUGACUACCUUGCUGCCAAUAACCUGCCGCUGCCUUUCACCUGGGACGAUAUUGAUAUCUGCCUGCAAGAUUAUCUCGAGCACUUGUGGGCCGAGGGCGCCACAAAAGGAGAAGCCAAUGACACCCUCAGCGGCGUGCAGCACCUGCUGAGGACACGACGCCGCUGUCCUGGCGCUUGGCAGCUGCUGACAGUCUGGGGCAGACUGGAGAUCCCUCAGCGCGCGCCGCCGAUGCCUGCCCAGGUGUGCGCGGCGCUCGCCGGUUGGGCGCUCAGCCGCGGAGAGGUGGCCUUCGCGGCCGCGCUGCUCGUGGCCUUCCAUCUCUGUCUCCGCACUGGCGAGGCUUUGGGGCUGAGCGGCGGCGUCAUCUUUCUGAAGCCCUGUGGCCGAGGCGUGGUGUCGUUGCCCUGGACCAAUACCUCUUGCCAGAAGGGCUCGCGGGAGCACGUCACGCUUGACGACCCGCUGGUUGGGGCAAUCGUCCAUAUGCAGCUCCAGCGUGACAGCCGGCUCUGGCCUGGCACGACGCGCGCCUUUCACGACUUGUUCCGUUCUGGGCUCCAGCAGAUCGGACGCAGGCACCUCGCCCUGUCUCCUUGCAGCCUGAGGCGCGGAGGUGCCACGCAUGAGUUCCUGCUGUCGGGCGACUUGUCUAAGGUCAUGCUGCGUGGGCGCUGGAGCUCGGCAGGAACGGCAAAGAUAUACAUCCAAGACGGGGCUGCCAUCAUCGCAGAGAUGAUGCUCCAGGAUCGUGCCCGUUCGACGCUCGCAUCCGAGCGUUUUGCAGCCCGUGACCUGCUGCAAUAA